UAAAGUUAACCUUAACCGGAAAAACAAACAAAGUCUGUCCCUUUAAAGGCAAGUAAAAUCCAUAGAGUUGCCAUGGCAUUUAAUUUUAUUCGUCUCACUGUGAUGACGUCGGUGCAGUAUCUAAUGGCUCUCACGCGGAAGGCAGUUAUUUCAAGACGGAGUGGUGGUGGUGGAGAAAUUCUUAAGAUUCUGUAGCAGUUUCUUUCCAGAUGUAUUUAAGGCUUUUCUCCAGAAUUUUUUCAGCGAUGGCAGGACCAAGGCCUGUGGUGCUGACUGGACCAUCCGGUGCUGGAAAAAGCACCCUCCUGAAGAUGCUCAUGAAGGAGUACGAGGGUGUUUUUGGCUUCAGCGUGUCACAUACUACUAGGGACCCCCGACCUGGAGAGGAAAACGGCAAAGGCCUGAAUUGCCUCCCUAUGCUUGUUGGGGCAGCAUUAUUGCCUGUAGCAGAUGUCCUGUCGUCCGUGUCAUCUGAAGGUGUAGAAGAUUACCAUUAUGUGACGAGGGAGAAGAUGACCGAGGGCAUUGCCAACGGGGAAUUUAUCGAGAACGCGGAGUUCUCUGGGAACAUGUAUGGAACAAGUAAGGCCUCCGUGCAGGACGUCCAGGCCAAGAACCUGAUCUGCAUCCUGGACGUUGACAUACAGGGCGUGAAGAACAUCAAGAAGACCGACCUCAACCCCAUCUACGUGUCCAUCCAGCCACCCUCCAUGCAGAUCCUGGAACAGCGUUUGAGGGAUAGGCAGACUGAAACAGAGGAGAGCCUACAGAAGCGUUUGGAAGCAGCACGACUAGACAUGGAGCUCAGCAAGGAGCCUGGCAUAUUUGAUCUUGUGAUCAUCAAUGACAACUUGGAAGAUGCCUAUGGGAAGUUGAAAGAUGUUCUUGUUGAUGAAAUUGCAAAAGUCCAGGAAGCCAACAAGUCUUAGGUGGCCAACUGCAGUGCAGCAAUUCUCCCUGGCUGCUC